AUGAUCACAACUCAGAAGUUCAUCUUCUUCCUCACCACUUCAUAUCUCUGGAUUCUAUCACUCCUCCAUUGUGCUGAUGCAAAGGAGUGCAGUCCUUCAGCCUGCGGUGCUAUUCGCAAUAUCAGCUACCCUUUCCGCCUCAAUAGCGACCCCACCCACUGCGGCCGUUCCGAAUUCAAACUCACCUGCGAAAACAAUGUCAGCUUCAUCAAUCUCUACUCCAUCAAAUACUAUGUCAAAGCAAUCAACUACCAAAACUCUACCAUCAGAUUGGCUGAUGCUUCCAUAAACAACGAUGACAUCUGCUUUUUCCCUGUCACUUUCUCAUAUCACGAAUUCACCGGUCCUUCUUAUUCCUACUAUUUCCCUAGUCACUUUGAAGAAUUGCCAGUUUACUUGAUUAGCUGUCCCAAUCCGUUGAACAACUCUUCCCUCUUUACAGAUAUUACUGCCUGGUACAUGCUAAUUCCUCUGGCCAUUCUAGGUGCUACUUAA